CAACGGCGGGGCGGGGCGGGGCACGGCGGGGGCUACCCCUCACUUCCUUCCCUGCCUCGCGUUCGCGUUGCCUUUCUUUUCCUCUCGCUCUCCGCCUCCUUCGAGUCGAGCCGCUUCCUUCCACCCAUCACCCGGCCUCCCCCUCCCCCUCCUCCUCCUCACCUGCUCCCUCGCCCCUCCCGGCACGAACGCCUCGCGGGGCAGCGCGCACCGAGACGAGCGAGCGGCCGGAAUGCCCGCGCAGAAGCGCCCGCUCUCGUCGUCCGCCUCUCCCGGCCCCGACGGCCACGUCGAGGAAGCUCCUGGCGCCGACGCAGACAGCGGCGGCGGGCGGUCCCCGAAGCCGCUGCUGAACGAAGCCUCCGCCGCGGCGGAGGAGCUGGAGGGCGGGCCGCGGCAGGCAAAGGGCCGGCGCGACGAUUCCGAUGCUGACGAGGAGGAGGAGGAAGGCGACGGCGAAGGCGAAGGAGGCGGCGGGGGCGACGAGGACUGCGACAGCCAGUUGUCGCAGAGCGAUGGCGAGAUGGACGAGUUUAUACUUGUGAAAUUAACAGAUAUUCGGAAGGAAGUGCAGUGCCCUAUAUGCUUAGGCAUUAUUCGGAAGACAAGGACGGUUAUGGAGUGUUUGCACCGGUUUUGCAGGGAUUGCAUUGAUAAAUCCAUGCGGCUUGGAAAUAAUGAAUGCCCAGCAUGCCGCACUCAUUGUGCAAGUAGACGUUCCCUGAGGGAUGAUCCUAAUUAUGACGCUUUAAUUUUGGCAUUAUAUCCAGAUGUUGAUAAGUAUGAGGAAGAGGAGCUUGCUUUCAGUGAAGAGGAAAGGACUCGCAACAAAAAGAUUCAAGAAUCCAUUGCUGAGACAUUUCGGAGACAAACGGAAGCACUUGUGAAGAAGCGUUCCGCUGCAAAAGCAAUAGAGUUAGCUUCAAGAAAGGCUCAGGGGAAUAUGCGGUCAAGGAGGAGAAGGCGAACUAGUUCUCCGGAUGCUGUCCCAACUGAUUUUGAUGAUGAGGAUAGAGAAGAAAAUGGCAAUGAUGGAAGCAAAGAGUCAUCUUCUGUUGAUGAUCGUUCCCCAGAUGUAAGGCACAAAAGAGCUCGGAGGUGGCCUGUGCCACGGCGUUCCCCUGCUAAGAGCAUCGGCAGUACUGAUAAUAGCAUUGAGGAUAAUGACGACUUAGGAGGUGCUAGAGAUAUCUUGACUACUUCGCCAUUGCGGGGAGAGAUGCUUGCAUGGGGGAAAAAUGGCGUCCGCAGUCAAACUCGACAUGGCAAUGCCAGUGGCUCCAGUGGAAGGAUGGCCAAGGGUGGACGUGUUGCCAAGUUGGUGGACCACCUCCGUAAUGCUGAUGAAUUUGAUACUAAGUUCAACUUGUAUCUUGCUCUGCUUCCACUUGAUGGACAAAGUGUGCCUAAAUUGGAAAAGCCCUAUCUCAAUUGUCAGCCAACAUUAUCUGUCCAGCAUCUCUGUCAGUUUGUCGCUCUUCAGUUGUCUCGGCAACCCAAAGAAGUCGAGAUAUACAUCAGGAAAAACUCCAUGGAUGAAUGUUUGGCGACCGAUAACACCAGUACAGAUGAGACAAAGCCGGAUCAAUCUAAUGGCUUAGAAAGAUUGUGGGAAGAGAAAUCUCUUUCAGAGCUGUACCCUUUGCUUGCCACCGGUCAAGGGGAUCUGGAAUUGUUAUACUCUCUGAAGGCACAAGGGUAGAUCGAAUUUGUGGCACCUUCACUGUCAACUUGAUCAAUCGCCUGGAAUACCAUGUUCUGCAAGGAUCUUUAUCUGGUGAAAGCUUGUACAUAACUACAUAAGGCAUUCAAUAUAGAAAAGGGCGCAAAAUAGCCUUUUGUUUACCCUUACUUGUUUUUAAUCUGCUCUGAUAUCUUGUGAGAUAUAUACCCGGUUCGUUGGUUAAAAGUGUAUGGAAUUGGGUAGUAGCAAUCUGAACAGGCCGAACAAGCUAUGCCUGGUUCUGCCUUCUGUUUUGGUUGUGUCGCGCAUGCAGCGAUUCUGCGUGCGUGCUGUACCAUUUGAACUGAAUUUUUAAGUAACUGAGCAACUCUAUUCCUAACUGAUUUGUUA